AUGGGGGAAGCUGUUAAAGAAUGCAACCUCAUCCCUAACCUACAGCUUCCUGUGGCAUCAAGAGUCAUCGUCCGGACUACCGCUGUAGCUCCCACUACGGAGACAAUGGCCCAUAGCUCUGGAACAUCAGCACUGAGGAAGGUAAACAAAUUUGAAAUAAACUGCCCAGCCUCCAUAGGCACUCUCUUACUCCUGGAACUUCAAGUCAAACCUCUCUUUGAUUUUGGAGAGGCUGACUGGUUCUGUUCCAAAGUUAUUGUGGCUACACCCGAGGGCGACAAGGUCCUGUUCCCAUGUUACCGCUGGUUUACUGGUGACGAGAAGCUGGUUUUCAGAGAUGCCCUUGGUAGAUUCAUCUUCAAAACCAUGUGGCAACUACAUGCACAAGGAGUACCCUAUAAAGUGAAGGCGGACAGUCCGGGCACUUUGCCUGAGGACAUCAGAUUCUCAUUCACAAAGGAAACUGAGUUCCAGAGCAGUCAACUGUCUGCACUCAUUAAGCUGAAGCUCCAAGCUCUUGCUGAUAGGAAGGAGCCAUGGACUAAUUUUGAGGAUCUUAAUCUUGUCUAUACUGAACGGAGGACAGACAUCUAUGAAUAUGUUCGGCAACACUGGAGAGAGGAUGAGUUUUUUGGCUACCAGCUUCUGAAUGGCAUGAACCCCAUGAUGAUCCAAAAAUGCUCAGAGUUGCCAAAAAAGUUCCCUGUCACUGAAGACAUGGUCAAAGCCUUUUUACCUACUGGGAGCAGCUUAAAAAAUGAGAUGAAGAAUGGAAACAUCUUUAUCUGUGACUACAAGCGGCUGGAUGGUCUACCUGGAAAUGUACUUCAUAAAGAACAACAACAUAUUACAGCCCCCCUGUGCCUACUCUUCAGUAACCCUGAGGGCAAGCUUCUGCCCAUUGCCAUACAGCUGAAGCAGGAGCCAGGAGAGGAGAACCCCAUCUUUCUCCCCUCAGACUCUGAAUCUGAUUGGCUCCUGGCCAAAACUUUUGUGCGGAAUGCUGAAUUCAGUGAACAUUCACUGCACUUCCAUCUCCUACGUGGUCACCUGAUAGCUGAGGUCUUUGCCUUAGCAACCCUGCGCAACUUCCCUGCAGUGCACCCCUUAUUCAAGCUCCUGUCACCCCAUACCCGCUACACGCUCCACAUCAACAUCUUGGCUCGAGGAAUGCUUAUUUCAGCGGAAGGAGGAUUUGCUAAGAGCACUGCCUUAGGGAGCGAGGGCUUGCCAAUGUUACUGAAGAGAGCAGCCUCCACCUUAACCUACAGUUCUGUGUGUCUGCCUGAUGACAUCAAGGCUCGUGGUGUGGAGGACAUUCCAAACUACUACUACAGAGACGACGGCCUCAAGCUGUGGAACAUCAUCAACAGGUAUGUUGACGGUGUGGUGAGAUACUACUACAAGUCCAAUAAUGAUGUCGUCAAAGACACUGAGCUGCAAUGCUGGAUUGGAGACAUACAUAAGUAUGGCUUCCUGGAGAAAGAUGGAGGAAUACCAUCAUUCAAGACUGUGGAUGAACUCGUCAAGUUUGUUACCAUGGUGAUCUUCGCAGCAUCGGCCCAACACGGCUCUGUCAACAAUGGACAGUUCGACUUUGGUGGAUGGAUGCCCAAUCAUCCCAGUGCGCUAAGGCGUCCACCUCCCACUAAAAAAGGAGGCUCAGCAAAGGACUCCAUUUUUGACACACUGCCAGUUAUCGGAACUACAGUAAACGCAAUGGCUACACUGUACCUUCUAAGCAAGGCUUCUUCAUUCCCUCACCCACUUGGAUAUUAUCCAGAGGAUCUGUUCAGUGAAAAGACACCCCUCCAGAUGAUUGAAAAGUUUCAGGAGGACCUGAAAUCUCUCUCCAGUGAAAUUGAUAAGAGGAACCGGGAUCUUCCACUGCCAUACAUUUACUUAGACCCUAAGCAGUUGGAAAACAGUGUUGCCAUUUAA